UUAUAGGGGAGGACAAAGGCUUACUAUAAGAGCCGAAAGUCGUCUGUCAGAUAUCCUCCGGGAGCACAAAUCUGCGCUGGUUGGACGUCUGCUCGGAUUUUCUACACUUUCUCUACCAAAAUGAAAGCUGGGGUUGUGUUCGCCGCAGCGGUGCUGGUGGCGGUCUGUCAGGCGAAACUGCCUGAGGUGAAACCUGAUGUGUGUGCCAAUGUGAUGUGUGGGGCAGGCAGGGAGUGCACCGAGAAGGAUGGAGAGCCAACCUGUAUCUGUAUAAGGAAAUGCCCCAGCCAUAACAAGCCUGUCUGCGGCAGCAAUGCCAAAUCCUACAUUAACCACUGUGAGCUGCACAAGCACGCCUGCGAGGCCGGGAUCAAGAUCCAGAUCAAGUACAGCGGGAAGUGCAAGGAAGGGGAAGUGGAUGACACUGCAGUUCUCCCCACAGUUAAGCCCACCAAGCCCAGUCAGCCCACCAACGACGUCGUCCCUGUCGUCUGUUUCGCCCAAAACAGAAACCUGCUACGGGAAAAGAUCAGCGAAUGGAUCAUGUCGGAGACUGUGUCUCCUGGCUGGUUCCAAACAGGAGUGGGCUUCGAUGACGUCACCCAGCAGUACUUCCAGUCCUUCGACAAGAACAGCAAUGGCAAGUUGGACUCCAACGAAUUCUUGGCCUUUGUAGAAAGGAAUGAGACGGCUGCUGCCAUUGAUGCAACCUCUGAAAAUGAGGUUCUACUCAGGGGGCUGUGCGUGGAUGCCCUGAUUGACAUCUCAGACGAUGACUCUGAUUGGGAGCUGAACCUGAAGGAAUUCCGCCACUGCCUGGAGCCAGGCUUCCUCCCGCCGCAGAAGAAGUGCUCCCUGGAGGAGGAGCAGUACGAUGAUGGAGCUGAGACCCAGGUCAACUGUAACAGCUGUGUGUGUGCCUGUGGAAACUGGGUCUGCACUGCUCUGAAGUGUGACCCCACUCAGGCACCUCCUACUGUUGGUCCCUCUAAGAAGGACGACCUGCUGGAGAAGUCUCCUGAGGAGCUGCUGGAGGAGGAGUGGGACGAGUACGUCAAGCUGCUGGGAGAUAACGGACCCAAGGCCCCGGCUCAGGACCACUCCUCCCAGGAGGAGGAGGAGGAGGACUGGAGUAUAGAGGAUGAUAUGGAUGAGAUCUUCCCCAGGAAGAAGCACCGCAAACAUAAGAAGGGCAUCAAACUUAUCAAGGAGAAGGUCCGGUUUGACUAAGUGGUAACGUUUCCAUCUGUAGGCGUGCCAUAAGCUCUCAACUUGGAAGGCAUCUCUGUUUUGAAAAUGAUGCUUCUCUUGUAGAAUUUAUCUCAGAUGCAAAUACAUGUACUGUGAAGCACUGUUUCUUGUGAGUCUCAUAGAUGCCAUGUAGUGUCUCAGAAAUGUAGGAAAAGCAUCAGUUUUGAAAUGAAUGCUAAUGUUAUCAUGUGCAAGUAACAAAUAUCACACUAUAAUAUGGUACUUCUCAUAAUAAAUCAAGUGUCCAAUGUGUAUAUACCAUUUCAAAACAUCAGUUUUGUAACAAAAUCGUUUUGUUUGCAAUACAGUAUAUAUGAUACAUAUGGAGGUAAUUGGAAAUACCUCUUGUAGUGUGCUUUACUGCUAACAGUUUUUCUUGGAUUUGUUUUACUGCAUUAUGUAUAGUUUUAUGCAUUAGAAUUUUAUAUAAUAGAAUGAAAUACCCAGCAGCUCAUCAUUAACUUACCCAUAGCCUACAUGUAUGUAACCCUAAAGAAAUGAAACCUAGCGAGAGUGUGAGUAGCACAUGUCCCAGGAGGCUGUGUAAGGGGCAGUGUAGGAUCCUGAUUUAAUCAGAAAUUAAGGCAAGGUGGUGGUGCUUUGGCAGAAUUUUCCAUCUAGUAUUUAAAUGAGACUUUUAUGUACCUAAUCCUUCAUAUGACAGCAGUAUUUUGUCCAAAAAUAUUGUAAAAUUGAAUUGAUCAAAAUUUUUUCCACACCAUCCACUGGUAUCUUUAAAAUGAUAGAUUGAAUUUUGUCUUUUUACCUUCCAUAAUUAUAAUUGUAUCUGCAAGAUCAUGACAAGUUUGGCAAGUGAUUGGUAAUAAAAUCAUGACAGAAAGUGUAAUAUGAUGUUCAUAAAGAGAUAAUCCACUAAGCACUGUCACCACAAUGCAGUAUUUGAUGCCUGCCAAGUGUGUACACCAUGGAUAUAACAUUCCAGCUAACUCCAACUCAACUUGGAAAUGCAGUGUGUGUUACAAGAAUGCAAUCAUUGGGAGAAUGAGCUUGUAAUGAAGAGAUUACUUGAUAGCUCUGAGGUUGAUUGACUUGUAGCCAUGCAUUACAGUGGUUGCAUCACACUAUCAGUUGCCAUUGCACCUGUAUCAAAGGUCCUUGGCACCAUUUAAUCAUUUUUCAUUUUAAUCUGUCAAACUUUUUCUCAUCCAAGUGUAGAAUCAUAACCUACUAAACAUACCUGACUUUAGUCAGCCAUUUUCUGUAUAUAUUUACACAGAAAAUUUGACAAGCACUUGUUGGCAGAGGUUUGUACAUACAGGAGAAAGUUGACAGGUGGACAGUUUAUAACAGGCAAGUGGAAAAUGAAGUGUGGUACUUCUGAAGGAUUAGUGGUAUUGAUCAUGGGACAGGUUAUCCUUGUUGUCUUUGAAAACAGAGUGAGAAAUAAAUGACCACUGUUUUCUAGAG